AUGGCUACUGAGGCAAGUCAAACGAAAGCUAAGGCAGACUUUCUGGACUAUAGGAUCCAAAUGUUUGAUAAACUCAUGGCCGAAUACACGGAAUCUCAAUACUCAUACCUCAUCAACCAAUUAGCUCAACCAAGAAAAGCAAUCAAAAUCACACUGCCGGACUCUCGCCAAAUCGAUGGAAUAUCUUGGGAAACUACGCCUUUCGACAUUGCUAAAUCGUUGUCAAAGUCACUGGCCGACAAGGUCGUCAUCUCAAAAGUGAAUGGCGUCUUGUGGGACUUGCUUCGUCCUUUUGAAGAAGACUCUGUUCUCCAAUUACUCGACUUUGAGAAUGAAGAGGGCAAAGCAGUGUUUUGGCACUCAUCUGCUCACGUCCUUGGAGAGGCUUGUGAGCUACAUUACGGAUGUCAUUUAUCCAAUGGUCCUCCUGUUGAAGAUGGAUUCUAUUAUGACAUGGCCAUGGACAAGACUGUAGCACUUGCUGAUUACGAACAUCUAGAAAAACUGGCUCAAAAAGCAGUCAGUGAAAAACAACCAUUUCAGCGACUCGUCAUGACCAAGGAAGACCUGCUUGAAAUGUUCAAGUACAACAAGUACAAGGUUCACUUUAUUCGCGACAAGAUUCCUGAUGGAACGUCCUCCACUGUGUAUCGAUGUGGUCCUCUCAUUGAUUUGUGUGCUGGUCCACACGUGCCAAAUACAAAUAGAAUCAAGUCAUUCGCCGUCAUGAAGAGCUCAUCUGCCUACUUUUUGGGUGAUGCCAAGAAUGACUCUCUGCAACGAAUCUAUGGUGUCUCAUUCCCAGACGCUAAAAUGAUGAAGGAGUACAAGAAAUUCCUAGAAGAAGCCGCAAAACGGGAUCAUCGACGUAUUGGUACCGAUCAAGAACUCUUCUUCUUUCAUGAAUGGAGUCCUGGUAGUCCCUUCUUCUUACCAGCUGGUGCUCGUCUAUACAAUCUUCUGAUAGAACUUCAACGAGCCGAAUACCGUCGUCGAGGCUUCAGUGAAGUAGUAACUCCAAACAUGUAUAAUUCCAAGCUAUGGAAGACGAGUGGUCACUGGGAGAAUUACCAGGAGGACAUGUUCAUCUUUGAUAUCGAAAAAGAAAAGUUUGGUCUAAAGCCAAUGAACUGUCCUGGUCAUUGUCUCAUGUUCAAACACCAAGAACGCUCAUAUCGAGAACUGCCAUUGCGUCUAGCUGACUUUGGUGUAUUGCAUCGAAAUGAAGCUUCUGGUGCCUUGACUGGAUUGACUCGAGUACGACGAUUCCAGCAAGAUGAUGCCCACAUCUUUUGUCGUAUUGACCAGGUUGAAGGAGAAAUUCAAGGAGCUCUUGAAUUCCUUCGAGAUAUAUACGAAAAGAUCUUUGGCUUCUCCUUCUCCUUAAAGCUAUCCACCAGGCCAGAAAAGUUCUUGGGUCGUCUCGAGACCUGGGAGAUUGCCGAAAAAAUGUUGUCCAACGCACUAGACAAGUUUGGCCAACCCUGGGAUUAUAAUCCAGGAGAUGGAGCCUUCUACGGUCCCAAAAUCGACAUCCGUAUAUCAGACGCCCUGAAUCGUAAACACCAAUGUGCAACAAUCCAACUCGACUUCCAACUCCCAGACCGCUUCGACUUGACAUAUCAAAGUAAUGACCCAAACCAACAAUUACAACGCCCAGUCAUGAUCCAUCGUGCCGUAUUAGGUUCCGUAGAACGAUUUAUAGCUAUAUUGACGGAAAAUUAUGGUGGUAAAUGGCCAUUCUGGUUGGCACCGAAACAAGUCACUGUAAUACCUAUAAUGCCUGCUUCCUAUGCAUAUGCUGAAAAGGUUAAAGCUGUACUGCAAGACGCUGGAUUUGUAGCUGAUGCUGAUGUGUCGGAUAAUACUCGUGAAAAGAAGAUUAGGAAUGCGGAAAUCAGUCAUGUCAAUUUCAUAUUUGUGGUGGGUGCUAAAGAGGAGGAAACGAAUACGGUCAAUGUACGUAAUCGUGAUGAUACAAAUCCAAAGGGGAGGGGAUCAGAGAUUGAGCUGGGUGUGGUUAUUCAGCAGUUGAUCAAGUUGAGGGACUCAAAGGCUAGUGUGCAAUUCCCAUUACCGUAA